UGCAAUGCUUUGAAUGCAAAAUCACGAGCUGCAGCAAUAAGAUUAGGCUUUCAAUAUGACGGUACAUGGUUAAAAGCAGAAGUUUGUAAAGGGCGAUCAAUAGAUAUUGAAUGGUUUAGUAUUAUUGAUGAUGAAUGGCUAUAUAUAAAACAAGAAUUAGAACGUUGGUUAAAUCCAGAUAAUUUUGAUACGAAUGGUGAACAAUUAACUAAAUUGAAUGGAAAACAAGUUAAUCCACGGCACAGUAAAAUUAUUGAGAUUAAAUAA